AUGGCGGACCUCCCACGUGUCCGAGUCUCAGCUCCGGCUCGCUGUUUCGCACAUUGCGGCGUCGAUUAUGCCGGGCCAGUUCUCGUGCGUGCCUCUGCAGGACGAGGUAUAGCGACGCGGAAGGCGUACAUCGCUCUAUUCAUAUGUUUAGCCUCUCGCGCCGUGCACCUGGAGCUCGUACGCGAUUACUCGACUCGGGCAUUUUUGAAAGCGUUUUCUCGGUUCGCCGCUCGUCGGGGAAUACCCAACACCGUUUACUCGGAUAACGGCACCAAUUUCGUCGGAGCCGAUCGUGAGCUGACCGUGGCCUAUCGGGCAGCGCUCCGCGACCCGAACUUUCUAAGUUCCACCGCGCUCGACGGAGUCAACUGGAGAUUCAUCCCUCCAGCCGCGCCACAUUUCGGGGGGUUGUGGGAGGCCGGCAUUAAGAGCGUCAAGCACCACGUGCGUCGCGUACUGCGGAGCUACACUCUGACCUUCGAGGAGUACGCUACUCUGCUCUGUCAGAUUGAGGCGUGUCUUAACUCAAGACCGAUCGCGCCGAUUUCCGACUCGCUCGAUGACUACGAGCCGCUCACGCCCGGUCAUCUGCUCGUCGGGUCCGACCUCGGUCUGCCUCCGUCGCCGUCGACUCUCCACAUAUCGGAGAACCGGUUGACCCGGUGGCAACUCGUGCGGCAGCUGACCGAGCGUUUUUGGCGGGUGUGGUAUCACGACUAUGUGAACACUCUACAACAACGAGGAAAAUGGAGGAAGGUGCAGCCGUCUAUCCAGGUCGGAAAAAUGGUCUUGAUCCGCAAUACCACCUUGCCGCCGUGCAAGUGGGAGUUGGGGCGAGUGACGCAGUGUCACCCCGGUCCCGACGGGCUCACUCGGGUGGUUACCGUCCGCACCGCCAACUCCACCCUUCAAAGGCCUAUCGUAAAGAUUUGCCUGCUGCCGGUCCACUGCGAGACCGAGUAG